AUGGGGCCUGAUUUCUCUCGAUUCAGCGGCCUGACGAGGCUUCUGCUCACCGUCGGUUUCUGGGUGACCCUGUUCUCUCCGGUCGUUUACUUGCUGGAGCGUAAUCUAGAAUUCUUCUAUAUCUUCGACAAGGACCACCUGCACGACUUGGCCAAGCGCGGAAUCGCGGCGCACGGCAAUGACACCCGUAGUAUCGUUCACUACAUCACCAGUGAGCUCCACGAGAGGUACCCGGCCAAUGUCAACCUGGACGAGGAGUUCAUUUUCAACAACGCCGGAGGCGCCAUGGGCGCCAUGUACAUCAUUCACGCCAGUGUUACCGAAUACCUCAUCAUCUUCGGCACCACCAUCGGCACCGAGGGCCACACAGGCCGCCACACAGCCGACGACUACUUCCACAUCCUGACAGGCGAGCAGUGGGCCUACGCCCCCGGCGAUUACGAGCCCGAGAUCUACCCGCCCGGGAGCGUGCAUCACCUGCACCGCGGCACCGUCAAGCAGUACAAGAUGCCUGAGGGCUGCUUCGCGUUGGAGUACGCGCGCGGCUGGAUCCCGCCCAUGCUGUUCUUUGGCUUCGCCGACGGGCUGAGCAGUACCCUCGAUGUCCAGACGUUGUGGCGCACCACUUGGGUUACGGGACGCCAGAUCGUGGGCAACUUGCUGGUGGGCAAGUUUUAA